AUGCACUCGAAUCGCUCGACGAAGGGUCUGGGGUGCGGCGAAAAUGGCCUAGAGUUUGAAGACCCGUACGGCGAUGACCUGGACGAAGAAGAGCAGCAGCAGCUGCAGCAGCUGCUGCGCAAGCAGCAGAAGAAGCAAAGCAGCAGCAGCAGCAGCAGCAAAAGAGCAGCAGCAGCAGCAGCAGAAGACCAGGAAGAUGAAUGGAGCGACGUUUCCGACGCAGCAGAAAUGCAAACGGACGAAGACGAGGAGAACGAACAGCCCGUCAAGAUGUGGCGGCCGGGCGUGGACACCCUUGGCGAAGGCGAGGUGCUGGAGUGCGACUCGAGCGCCUACGAACUUCUCCACAGGCUGCAGACGGCUUGGCCCUGUCUUUCUUUUGACUUCAUUCCAGACCAGCUCGGCGCCGUAAACCCUAAACCCUAA